UGCACCGAAAGUGAAACCCGAAAUUCUAAUAAAUUUCCUCAAAAAAAUUCUAAUGAACGCAUGAAAAAGUUGGGCAAUUUGGGCAAGGUUAAGGGAGAAACGAAAUUUUAAAAUGAAUAAGGAACAAGAAGAAAUUCAUCUCAUCAAAAAUAUAGUUCGCGAAGUUAUACGAGAAUGUCAGUACCACCACGUAGAAGUGGAUGCCGAUUUCGCAUCUUACUAUGUAAAUUUACUUAAACUAGAUCCGAAUAGAGGUUUGAAAAAAGACUUGCUGCACAAGCGGGAGCAAAUUCAACAAUUUAUAAAAUAUGUCGUGGCUCGAAUGAGAAACACGAACGACCCUAGAAUUGCAACUCUCAAACUUCAGCACACAUUUGAGAUUUCCUUUGAUUCGGCAGAGCAAGCUGUAAGAAAAUAUCGCAAAUAUUUAGAUGACCGGUUAUACUCUUUGAUAAUGGCUAUUAUUGAGCCUGAACGGCCUUUGCAAGAAAAAGAAUUCUUGAGAAGGGUUGUCUAUUACAUAACGAUUGCGUCUGGACUUGGAAAUCCUAAAGAGAAACUAGUAUAUCGAGAAGUUCAUCGCGUGCUGAAGAGCAUCCUGAAGUCGGAGGAAAUAAGAGCAUUUCCAACUCUCCUUCACAUCGUUCGACGUGAAACAAUAUAUACCCUAUUGCAACUUACAACCGGAAUACGACUCUAUAAUCAAAAAUGCGAAAAAGGAGGACAAGGCAUACCAAACUUGCCUUCGCUUCUACAAAAUGGAAUCCUGGCAAUUAAAAGUAAUAUCGAAACCACUUUAGAAAUAAUGGAAUACCGUGCACAACUAUUGACUCAGUAUGCCUUGACAAAUAUACAAUAUACGCGAAUUAGGGACGGAUAUGGCUUGAAACUGAUUGGGGUUAAGAAGAAAAAUGAUUUUUUUUACUUGAAGGAGCUUAUUUUAGUUUACAGACAAGCAUGCGAAAACUUCAGAAGUUUAAUAUCAUAUUUGAAGAACUUGGAAACCAUGAGGGGCAUUUUGUUUCAAGAAUUUGAAGAAACUGUAAACCGGUUGAACGCAGUUGUGAUCCCAAAACUCCAUCAAGCUGUUGGCCAAGUAUUUCCACACUUUAAAACAUUGCACAAUAUCUGGACAAAGUGGCAAGACCACGGAAUCCGACUCAAAGAAAUAUAUAACUCGUUUAAUAGUCAACACAGAAUGGUAUUUUCCAUGCAGUUUGAUGUAAACAUCCUGAAUUUGGACAUUAAAGACGCUAGUUGGACAAUUAUUAAAAACGAAAACCACAAACAACUAUUCCCUGGGAGUAUUUCCGAAAAACUUCAUCAUGACUACAACAACCAACAACUUGAAUUUAGAGGUUUUUGCUGUUGGACUUUAAUAGAAACGGAUGGAUUGUUAGUGCCAGGAAAACCUGAAAAAGGAGUAAUGAGAUACAAAAAUGGCAACUAUGCGUUUUCAUCCAAUAUAGCUGCGCCUUCUUUUAUGAAAUCUCCAGAAAAAUGCAUGGCCAGAGCAUUGGAAUUAGCCCGACGAGAAGUCCAUCUUAUAAAAUUCCUUAAUUUGGAGCAAACUUUAAGAAAUCUGGCUGACGCGAAACUGCUAAUAAUAAGAGAUCAAACUGCAAAAAUAGAACAAACGCGUUCGGCGGUACAAACUGAAAUUCAUCCUAUAACCCAAAAUAUGCAACGCGACUACCAAUGGAACAUCUGGGAAUAUAAAAGAGCCGUAUUAAGAAUGGCGAAUGUGAUAAAUUCGAGAACAGUUUCGACGGAAACCGCCAAGAACCAAUUCGAAUCCUCGCAUCACACCCAAACGCACGAGAUGAAGGAAAAAUAUACACAGAGCAGGAAAGCAAAAUAUACCAACACCGCACAAACCAUGAAAUUUAUUACCGGUCUUAGAGAUAAGAGAGUCCUUAGGCCUACACUAAUAACCAAACAUAUCGAAUAAACAAGA